CUCUCUCUCUCUCUUCUCCAAAACAAACGCAUAAAAUCCCAAAUAUCGAAUCUCUCACACCCGCCUCUCUCUCUCUCUCUCUCGAUUUUCUCUCUCUAUAUAUAUAUCUCCAACAACACUCUCUUUCUGCAUAUAUAUAUAUAUAUAUCAGUCAUUCCCUUUCAAAUCUGUCUUAGUGAGUUGGUCUCUUUCGGACUGGUUUCUGAGCGUUGAUUUCAGACAUGAAUCUGAGCUCCGAGGGAAGUUAAGAUUCAAAUGCUAUGGUCUCCGAUCUGCUGGUGGUCCCGGAGAUUUUUCCUGUGAAAACAGCAAAAAAGAAUUUUGGGAUCUUCCUUCUUGAGAACGCUGGAGCACCUGAUAUAUUGGAAAUGUUUUCUAUGGGGUAGGAAGUAGUGAGAAAUGGUUAUACAUUCCAAAUAUAUAUGGACAUGGAGGAGACACGAGAUGAUGCAGCAGGAUCAGCAGAACAAAGGCCUCCAAAUGCAACGUGGUGGCCUUCAGAUUUCAUGGAAAACUUUGGAGCUGUUACUUUGGAUUCUAAAGAAGAAAUUCUGAGCACUAGAGAAGCAAAUAACUAUGAUGACGCUGAUAGAGUGUCAUCACAGACCGCGUCACAAAUUCUUUGGAGGACGGGAACACUUUCUGAACCAAUUCCGAAUGGUUUCUACUCUGUCAUUCCUGAGUAGCAGCCAAAAAGAAAGAUUCUCCCAGCCGCAAAAAUGAGGACGCAAGAAUGGUUCCAUUUGCACCAUGAAAAAACCCUCUCCAAUGUCUUCUUGCUCCAGAUGCUCCCUAAAGUACAAAAAGGACUGGCAGCCAAAAUGUUCAUCAAAGACAAAAGGCUUAAGGAGCUUUUUGAUGAUAUUCCUACCCUGGAUGAACUUUAUGCUUUGGGAGUUGAAGGUUUCAGAGCUGAUACCAUUCUUAUAGAUACUGAAAAAGAUAAGAAGCUUUCUAUGCUGAAGCAAUUAAUCGUUGUUCUGGUAAAAAAUUUGAGCUCAAAUCCUGCUGCCAUGAUUAAAAAGAUUGCUGGACUGGUAUCUGAUUUCUAUAAGCGGCCAAAUUUGGAUCUAAGUCCUGCAAAAGCUGCACUUGAGGAAGCCUCCCAUGCAUUUGAAAACCGCAGUGUCCAGUUGCUGGGACAAAUAAAGCAUGGAUCAUGCCGCCCUCGAGCAAUUUUAUUCAAAGUUCUUGCAGACACUGUAGGUCUUGAGAGUAGGCUCAUGAUGGGACUACCUAAUGAAGGGGAUACUGAAUGUGUGGAAUCAUAUAAGCAUAUGUCGGUCAUAGUUGUGUUGAACUCAACCGAACUUUUGGUCGAUCUUAUGCGUUUUCCUGGUCAAUUGAUACCUCGGUCAACAAAGGCAAUUUUUAUGACCCACAUCUCUGCAGCAGGGGAGAGUGAUUCUGCAGAAAAUGAUUCCUGUGAUUCACCACUCGAACCCAAUAGUCCUCUUUAUGGGGUUUCAGAGAGAGUUGAUACUGACAGUACUGAGAAAGAUGAGGGUCUCCAAUACCGGAAUAGAUUAGAAGCAUCCUCAAAUGUAGCUGGACCUUCAUUGCGAAAUAUGAUGUUUCGUUCUUCCACCUCAAUUGACAGAAAAUUGAGCUUAUCGCAUAGUGAACCAAAUAUUGCAACUACAUUUUGGAGGCGUAGCCGGAGAAAAGUUAUUGCUGAACAACGGACUGCAAGUUCAAGUCCAGAGCAUCCUUCAUUUCGAGCACGUGGACGAUCUAUGCUUAGUGGUGAUAGGAAAUCACUUAGAGAUUAUGCAGACGACAUUGCUACAUCAAGCUACAGGUCUGUAGGUGCCUCAACUUCAGAAACUCGCAGAAUUAGAAGAAGAAGCAUCAGUAUCACUCCAGAGAUUGGUGAUGAUAUUGUAAGGGCUGUGCGAGCAAUGAAUGAAACACUGAAGCAGAAUCGUCUUUCAAGAGAACAGGGGGAUGAUAGGUCAUUUUCCUACUCUUCAAAGGACAGAAACACUGGUCCAGAUCAUCAAAAGAAUGUCUCUGAUUUUGAGCAUCAUGAUGGUGAUGAAAUAUCGGGUGGAAGGUCUUCUUUAUAUGCUCAUCCGAGGGAGCAGAUGGGCUCUCAAAAAGCAAUAUCAUUACCUUCGUCCCCACAUGAAUUUAGUAGUCAGACUUCUGAAAUAGGUGGGAGUUCAGACUACCAGCAAAGUGAUGAAGCAGUCUCAACUUGGAACAAAGUACUGGAAUUGCCCCUGUUCCAAAAUAAACCUCUAUUGCCAUUUCAGGAAUGGAAUAUUGAUUACAGAGAACUGACUGUUGGAACUCGUGUUGGGAUUGGGUUCUUUGGAGAGGUUUUCCGUGGCAUUUGGAAUGGAACAGAUGUAGCGAUCAAGGUUUUCUUGGAGCAAGAUCUGACUGCUGAAAAUAUGCAGGACUUUUGCAAUGAAAUAUCCAUCCUCAGCCGCCUCCGUCACCCAAAUGUCAUCUUAUUUCUGGGUGCUUGCACAAAACCACCACAUUUGUCAAUGGUUACUGAAUACAUGGAGAUGGGAUCCUUAUACUAUUUGAUCCAUCUGAGUGGGCAGAAAAAAAAACUCAGCUGGCGUAGGAGACUGAAAAUGCUGCGAGACAUCUGCAGGGGAUUGAUGUGCAUACAUCGGAUGAAGAUAGUGCAUCGUGAUCUAAAAAGUGCAAAUUGUCUCGUAAAUAAGCACUGGACGGUAAAGAUAUGUGACUUCGGGUUGUCAAGAAUGAUGACAGACAGCCCCCUGAGUGACUCCUCCUCAGCCGGAACUCCAGAAUGGAUGGCGCCAGAACUUAUUCGCAACGAACCCUUCACAGAGAAAUGUGAUAUUUUCAGCCUUGGCGUAAUCAUGUGGGAACUCUGCACUCUACAUAGGCCGUGGGAGGGUGUCCCGCCAGAGAGGGUCGUUUACUCUGUGGCAAAUGAGGGUUCGCGACUGGAGAUUCCUGAAGGUCCUCUAGGCAGGCUAAUUGCAGAUUGCUGGGCAGAACCACAAGACCGGCCAAGCUGUGAGGAGAUUCUCACCCGGUUGCUAGACUGCGAGUACUCGCUCUGCUAGUGUAAUCUCUUAUGUUGUAUAAAGCAGCAUAGUAGAGGCAUCACAUUGUGUUCUCGGCUCUUGUUCUAUCUAAAACUUUUGUAUGGUUUUCCAGUUUGACUAACAGACAGAUCUUUGGUUUACUCCGCAGUUUGAAAUGUCACAAAAAAAAAAAAAAAAAAAAACUCAGUUUCUGAGCAAAAUCAGAUUCAACUUUUGGGUUCA